AUGGGACCCACUUAUCCAACGCUUUUCCACACAAACUUUGAAAUAUAUCAUCAGUUCAUUCGGUGCAAGCAUGGCAAAAGAGAAGCAACUUUGAAAACCUCAAUGGCUGCUGCAACUUACUAUAUACUGCCAAGUCCAAAAACUCUCUCACCCCUCUUCAGAAACCCUCCUUCCAUUAUUCCUUCCAGCAAUGUUUCACUGUUGGGUUCAUUAGACUAUUCAUUCUAUUGUUCCACAAGGAGAGGGAACGUUGAGGCCAAUGCCAAAAAGAAAAACCCUUGGUUGGACCCUUUUGAUGAUGGGGAGGACCCUGACAUGGAGUAUGGAUCAUUGUUUACAGAUGGGAAGCAGGAGGAGGAUCUUAGGCCACCUGAUGAUCCUGACAACCCAUAUGGAUUCCUGAAGUUCCCAUCUGGAUAUUCAGUGGAGAUAGCCUCUUUGGCAUUGAAAGUGAGAGGGGAUGUGAGGAGAUGCUGCUGCGUAAUCUCUGGUGGUGUUUAUGAGAACCUCUUGUUCUUUCCGGCUAUUCAGAUGAUCAAGGAUAAGUAUCCUGGUGUUCAGAUUGACGUGGUGGCGUCAGAGAGGGGCAAGCAGACCUACGAAUUGAAUAAGAAUGUGAGGUGGGCAAAUGCCUAUGACCCUGAUGAUGACUUUCCAGAGCCUGCUGAGUAUACUGAUAUGGUUGGAGUGCUAAAGAAUAGGUAUUAUGACAUGGUCUUAAGCACCAAAUUGGCAGGCCUAGGACAUGCAGUUUUUUUGUUUAUGACAACUGCCCGAGAUAGAGUUAGUUAUGUCUACCCAAAUGUGAAUGCUGCUGGAGCUGGAUUGCUUCUAUCCGAAACAUUCGUAGCCGAUAAUUUAAAUCUCUCAGAUGGAGGAUAUCAUAUGUAUCAUCAGAUGGUUGACUGGCUGGGAAGACCAUUUAGAAACGUUCCAAGUCAGCCAGUGCCACCACUUAAGGUAUCAAUCUCAAGGAAGCUGAAGGAGGUUGUGGAAGCAAAAUACGAAAAAGCAGGUGUAAAAAAGGGACAAUUUGUUGUAAUUCAUGGGAUAAAAUCAGAUUCAAAGGCUUCCAUGCAGUCUAGGGGUGAUCCAGAUAGCUUGCUACCCAUUGAAGUGUGGGCUGAAAUUGCUGAUGCUGUAAGGGAUUUUACGCCGCUUUUUGUCAUUCCACAUGAAAAGGAAAGGGAAAAUGUGGAGGAAAUAUAUGAUGAAGAAGCCUCUAUAGUCUUCAUCACCACCCCUGGCCAGUUGGCUGCUCUUAUUAAUGACUCAGCUGGAGUGAUAGCUACAAAUACAGCUGCCGUUCAGCUUGCAAAUGCACGCGAGAAGCCUUGUAUUGCACUAUUUUCCUCUGAAGAUAAGGGAAAGAAGUUUGUCCCGCAGGAUGAAGAGAAUAAAUGCAUUGAAAUAUCAUCCAAGACAGGAAAGUUGAUAGAUAUUGAUGUUGAGGCAGUAAAAAAAGCGGUUCAAACAUUCAAUUUGUCCCCAGCUUUAGUAUAGUGGAAGAGGGGAAAAAGGUAGUGUUCUGGACUUCCGGUUAAGUGAUUAUGUUAUCUGAUUUUUGUUUUUAAAUUACUACAGACAAAUGUAUAUCAACAAACUUAUGGUUCAGUUCAUGUUCUGAAUGAGAAAAAAGGAACGAAAACGCAAAAAUUGUAAAAAUAAGGGUGGAGAUAACAGUGAAAGACAAAAAAAAAAGUA